AUGCCCUCUGAGAAUACUCCGCUUUUUGGAGAAAAUGCGAGCGCCCACAACGACAACGAAAGCUCUCGGAAGUCGAGUGUUCCAUAUGGACUUAUUGCUUUAUUUCUGUUUAUUUUUCUUAUAAUAGCAUUGAUAUCUAUGGCACCGCAUGACUUCUACGAAAGUUCUCCCGAAGAUAUUAUUUCUCCAGGUCAAUUGACACGUAAUGUUUUUGCUCAUCUCAAAGCUUUUGACCAAAUUGCUAAAUCUGGGGCCUCCGUUAAGCAUAAUGGCCAUGGAUCGCGAUCCGUACUUAAUUCAUACAACAAAUCGGCAGAGUAUGUUGUCUCACAACUAGAGAAAACUAAAUGCGAGACUGAGAGGAUGUAUUUUAAAGUUCCUGUUUGGAAUAAGGUCAAGGAGGCUGCAAUGAAUGUUUCUUUGAAUACCACCCCAACGGGCAAGGAUGUGAAGAAUACAAUAGCAUUACAAGGAGGAAUCGAUUUUUGGAGUACGUAUGAUGAUUUUGACUUAUUUGUAUAUGAUAUGCGUGAUGGAGGGGUAGCUACCAUGGUAGAAAAUGCUGCUGUAGUUGAAAUACCCCAUUAUGGAUGUCAAGAAGUUAAAGAAUGGAAACAUGUUAAGGGGAAGGUUGCAUUAAUCAGCAAUGGUGGAAAAUGUACCUACUUUAAGGCUGCCUAUCGGGCAGAGAAUGAAGGAGCCGUGGCUGUUAUAUUCUACAACACCCCAGAAGAUCAAGAACUUAUAUACACCCGAGUUAGGAAAUACGCAUGGAGCGAAGGAGAUCCCACAAUUCGCAUACCUGUUCUCUCGUCCACUUACACUGUAGGCCAGUUGCUUAGAAAUGAGCAUUCUGCUCGCAUUUCCAUUCGUACUUAUAGCACAUUAACCAUCGCCACCACUUAUAAUGUCAUCUGUCGCUGGGGUGAAGCCUCUUCGUAUGAUAACACUAUUGUUCUUGGUGCACACUUGGAUUCAGUUCCCGAUGGACCUGGAUUAGUGGACAAUGCUUCUGGCUCAGCCGUUUUGUUAGAGAUACUGCUUGCAUUAGAGCGGGCCCAUUUUGUAUCUAAAAACUAUUUAAUUUUUGCGUGGUGGGGUGCUGAAGAAUUGGGACAAUUGGGAUCAAGGAUGUUUGUCAAGAAGUUGCUGGAAACGGGGGAAAUUGAUUCUGUGGCGAUGAAUUUGAACUUUGACAUGCUUGGGAGUCCAAAUUAUGUUCCUUUUAUACACCGUGGAACUGAUGCUCCAUUAGAGGUGCAAAAUGCAUCGAUUAAGAUUCAGAAAACAUUUAUUGAGUAUUUCUCAGCUGCUAGAAGACCAUAUGAAAUCAUAGACAUGAAAGCAGGGAGUGAUUUUCUUCCAUUUCUUGAAAAUGGUAUCCCAUCGGGUGGUAUCUUAACUGGUGCCGGCGCAAAGAAAACCGAGGAACAAAGACGCAUUUUUGGCGGUUUCGCUAACGCUGCCUAUGACACAUGUUAUCAUCAAUCUUGUGAUGAUGUGGAGAAUGUGAAUGAAGAUGCAAUAAUGAUAACAUCUUCAGCUGCUCUGCAUACAAUCAUCCGCUUCGCUCAACAACCUCACUUAAGAAGAUUCUUGGACAUUGCCGUGUGA